AUGGACAUUACUAGCCCUCUGGUCGCUCUCGCUCCUGUACCUGCUGCACAUCGCCGUCGUCCGCCUCGACGUCCUGAGGAUACGCUCCCAUCUGCGCUCGCCCGCAAGCCACCGCAUCGCCGCGCAGUCGCUCCUCGCCGCCGCACGCGUCAGGGCACUCGCCAACGUCAAGUACUUCUCACCAUAAUCGUGCCUUCACUCACCUACCCACUCAACCACUCAACCACUCAACCACCCACCCACUCACUCACCUACCCACUCAACCACUCAACCACUCACCCACCCACCCACCUAAUCACCCACGAUGCCAGACAAAGAGCCUUGGAUGAUAUUGAGUCCCGCCGUAUCUCCCUUGGUCAGCUUGCUGGACAGCUUUCGGGUUUUAUUGGCAGUGGACAGGAAGUUAAAGAUGCAAUUUUAUAUGGUUUGCAGAGUAAUGUAAAUGAGCUUAGUAAGCUUUUGGAAACAUCUUGCGGAGGGGAGGGGUGUUGUAAGAAUGUUGAGGCAAUUAAAAACCUUAAUGAUGUCAAUGAUAAACUUAAAAAACACCUUAAAGAUGAAACAAAAACCUCUAAAAAACUUGUUGACAUCCUUUCUGCGUGCAAUUUAAAUGUCCAUGAUGAUCCCUUCAAUAAGCUUCAAGAGCCAAUUAACCAAAAAAUUCAGGAGCUUAAUCAAAGAAUUGAAGAGCUUAAAAGGCUUAAUAAUGAUGAUAAUAAAAGUAAAAAUGCCUCUGAAAUUGACAAGCUUAAUAAGGAUCUUCAGUCUCAUAAUGCUUCCAAGAAGUCUCUUGAGACACUGAAAGGGCUUUGUGAAUAUGCUGAGAAAAUUGAUCAAAAAUCUGAUAACACUAAAAACCUUUUAAAUAACCUCUGUGGAGGUUUAGAAAAGUUUCUCGGCUACCAGGAUGGUAAUUACACCGGAGAAGGAAUUGUGUACUCCGACCUUGACAGGCUCUGCGACGGGGUGAUGGCGUUCUUGCAUGGAGUUUUAAAUGAAGUUCAUACAAAUGAUAAUCUUCAAAAAUAUAAUACUCCUUUAACUGUGCCACUUCAAAAAAUUACUGAAGCUCUCUAUAAUAGAAAAAAUUUUGAUAGUAGUAUUGUCGAAGUUGGCAAGGGGAUUAAGCAGUGGGUGAGGGGGGUGGAUGAAAGAAAUAGAGAGGUGAUGAGGCCGUUGGAAGAGCUUAAGGAAACGUUAAGUGGGCAUGUUAAUGCUUACAUGGAAGAUGAGACAAUUGUAGAUCAGUUGGACAAUUGGCAAGGCUUUUCGGGUGACUACGUUGGAAAGGUAUUGGAUUCAGAGUUGGCGUUAAAUGAGAUUGAUGACAAUCUUAACAAGAAAAUAGUGUCGAAAAUAGAGUUAAUUAAAACGGCUGUUGACAACUUCGAGGCAACGGUCAAGGAUGAGAAUGUUACAAGCUGCGUAGAGGAACUGAACAAGAAUUUUAUUAAGCAUCGUAGAGAAGUAGAUGAAUGUAUUGGCACAGGAAUUGAUGGAGUAGAGAGAGCUUUGAAUGCGGAUUUCGCUAAUAUCGAAAGCAGAAUUAAGGACCUUAGAAACACGAAGAGAGAAAAAAUUGAGUCCAUUAAGGCGGCGGUGCAGUUGGCUAAGGAUUCGGCGCAGAAGUUGCUUGGUGAGGAUGGAACGCAAUUUCAUAAGGAUUAUACGGAAAACAUUUUGAAGCGGUUCAAUGAAAUAAAAGAAGCAGUUGAGAAGUUCACUGGAAAGAAGGGAGAGUCAUCGACGCUUAUAGAUUCUUUCGACACGUUGGACAGUGAAGUCAAAGGCCUGGAAGAUAAGGUGCGGCAUGGGUUGCAGGAGUUGAAGGACGCAAUAAAUGGACUUGACACUGCUACUGUUGCAAAGGAUGCAUUGGCACAACUUCAGGUGGCGAAGGAGAAACUUGAGAAGGUGACUGGUUCAGAUAAAAAUGCGGAAGGUAACCUUGAAAAAUUGUUUGAGGAUAAUAUCAAGAAUAAGCUUGAAACGGAAGUCAGAAAGAUCGGCAAGGAGAUUAAAAAACUUUGCAAAGCCGUUGGUGAGAAUGGCAAAGAAACUGUGAAUGACUUUUUAAAUAAGGUUAAAGAGGAAAUUGUUAAGGAGAGUAGGAAUGCACUUAAUGGUGGUUCAAAUCAUGUUGUAAAUAAGUAUCAUCAAUAUGUCGACAAUUACAUCACAAAUUACGAUAAGACUGUAAAUUUAUGGGUUAACGAAUUCGUAAAUACUAUGGAGUUAGCUAGGACCAUAUACAUCGACGUUAUUGGAACAGGCGGCCAAUGGGAUUGGAAAAAUAUAACGCAGGCUAUAGAAGCAGGCAAGCAGAGGAUUAUUCAAAUUGUAAAAGGCUUUGGCGUAAAGGCAAACCUCAGCGCAGAUGACGUAGAAGCUACAUUGCGUAGCGUUAAAAGUUUUCUUGAUCAAGGUCCGUCCAAGAUUGAUCAGGAAGUUAAGGGAACUGAAGUGGCUGGUGUAAUUGAGACUAAAGCGACAUCCGGCAAAAAUACGAAUAACCAACAUCUGAUAUCCGCCAUCAAAGCCAUAUUCGGAUCCAUCUGUGCCAAAGCCUCCGCCGCCUCUAAAGAUAUUCAAACGCUAAUAGAGGAACCGAACAUCAGCAACCUGAAACAGGCUCUCACCACUUCUCCAAUCCUCGUUGCUAAACUUGGCAAGGCGGAUGCCCAUGCAGUUGACUCAGCUAUUUAUCAAGUGAGACAUAACGUUGAGGUACUUGAGGGAAGAUUCAGGACCCACGUCAAACAUGGCCUUGAUCCUGCCGUUCAAGAGUUCAACACUGAAGCUCAAGAGCAGAUCAGGGAAGCAAUAAAUAAGGCCAUUGACGAAGCCGUUGCAAAUUUUCAGAUGACCGCUGAUGGAACUCAGAUUGACGUGGUUAAAAACAUGACACUGUUCGACGGCGCCAAAAGCAGGCUCACAAGUGCCGUUCAAAAAAUUCAGGAAGAACUCAACGAACUCAAAACUCUUCCACGUACAGUUGAUAGCAAGCGGAAGAACGCUGAAGUGGUUAUGCAGCAGCUGAAAACCACAAUCCAGGAUAUUUUGCAGAAAAUCAAAGACAUCGAAACUCCCAUCACCUCUGCAAAUGCAGCCUUCGACACUGCCAUUUUGCAACUCGAAGGGUCCUUAAAAAGCGCGAAAAACACCGCGGGCCUUGUUCUGAAGAUGCUCAAAAGUGACCUGCAGGCGAAGGUUCGAAACGCUUUUAAUGAGUUGGAGAAUAACGUCCAACAGAUGUACGACGCUCAAAAGAAAGCUGAGCUCAAAAAUGUGCAAAAAUGUCUUGAAGUGCAAAUUCCGAUAAUCCAAGGUAUCAUUGAUCAAGAUGCUAAGACAGGCCGAAAAGGCCUGAUGAGCAGGUUGGGACGUUUUGCUGCACUACUUCACCAUUCCGGUACAGAUCUGAGAGCAUAUUCCAGCAAGGUGAACAAUUUCUUUACCAACUUUUUCAACGAGUUGUCAGACCAGUCCGACGUCUCCCCUUACACUGACAAACUCACUCCCAUCACGUCAGCUCUCGAGACUCUACUUGAAGAAAUGUUUGACAAACAACACUUCCACCGCGACGUCUCCGACAAAAUCGACGCGCUCAAAAAAGCACUCGACAACUUCACUCCGACAAAAUUCGCCGACGCCUCGCCCUGCUCAACGUACAGCGGAGUACAGUUCGCUGGACAAUUAGUGAAACCUAAAGAAAAUUCCGAUACAAUACCAGUUAAAGCACCCAAACAAACUGACGACAAUAAUGAAUUGAAUGACGAAGGCCGCAAGGCCGCCAAAGUAUGUGUCACAAUCUUGCCCUCUGUAUAUGACCAUUUGUCCAAGUUGAAGGAAGACUGUGAACAUGGUUGGAAGCAAAACAAAAUUUGCCUGAUUUCCGGACGUAAUGAGCACAACAACUUGGGACAUUUCCUGAAGAACUGCGGUUAUGAAGUUACCAUAAAAGAAGAUUCCCAUGACGGCGAAUUGAAAUUCCCGUCCACCGGGUACAAGGGUGAGAAGAUCUACGACAAACUCAACGAUACAAUCUCAGAAGCCAACAGAAAUUUGCACCUUGCAACUUGUAGACCAAACAAGAAGCGAAAAGACUUCAAUGUCUUGGACAUCCUUAAAUGCGUUCACCAUCACUUCGAUAAGCUUUUCGAAGUCGGUCACUUAGCCACAUUAACCUCUAAGAAGCAUCCGUGUUCCGUGUUUGAGAUGUGUAAUUGGCUGGCCGGCUUGUGGUAUAAUCCCGUUUUUCCAUCGUUGCUGCACGACGGUGUCAACGCCCUGCUUGACGACUCAGAUAAGAAAACUGGCAGCAUCGCUGGCAUUGCAACGUUUGACUACCAGUCUUCAUACAUGAAUGCCUAUCCAAAAAGUGUCACUUAUAAUGAUAUGUCCACGGCGAUCGAUGACCUGUGCUCUUUCGCCUACGAGUUCCUGGCAGCCGUCGCCGGCACCGGUGACGAAUACAGCACUUACGGCUGCGACUACUACAGCAACUCACUGCACUUGCACUACCCGCAAAAUGGAGAGGGUUGUCUUGAAAUGUUGUUAGAUAUAUUACGCAGAUUGUUCCCUCCGCUUAGAUUCUUGCAUAGCGUGUGUGGCCUAGGCACUGAGCUCCACGGUUGGGGCCAGUGCUACUACGGCAGAGAUAUCUCAUCGGUCAACUGGCCGUGCAAAGAGCAUUUUGCAGACAAAGCAAACAGCAAACCAAAAGGUCAACCAAUGUGCCAAGCAACGUGCGAACCAAAUUGCCAACCAAAAUCCCCUCUACAAAGCUACCUAAACGACUGCCUCCCAGGACAUUUGCCACAUCACCUUAGUUCCAUCGGUUGUAGAGCUACAUGUAAUACGUGUCCUUCCACAUCCAUGAAGGGCAUGCCCUGUCUCACGCCGUUAGGCUUUAAGGCCUUUUCGGGCACCACAAAAAUGGGUUCAGCUCUAUGGGAGCUUCUUGACAGCAUGUUCGCCGAUGAACAUAUUCCCUCACUCUUCUGCCUUAAACCGAAAACGCCGGCUUCGCUCCCAGAGCACUUCGGAUUUGUGUUGUCACUAGUGAGAGAUUGGAAUGACGGUAAGAAUACUAUCGAGAAAGCGUUUGAGAAAUCUAUAAAAGGCCAAUCUAUUGAUCUGUAUAAGAAAGCAGGUGAGCUCACCGGUGCGCUUCGUGACGCAUACCGUAGUAGGCAUUACAAUUAUGCUGAUAAUAGUCAUCGUCCUCUAUAUGACGAUUUAUCAAGUCUUUCUAUGACAUCGUCGUGUAGUGACCCUAUUAAAAAUAGAUUGUGCGCCCCCUACCUUUCAUCGUUAUCCUGCGACUCCAAUUAUUACCUGGCACUGAAGCACGCUAGCACAUAUUUGUCGUGGGCCAUCUACCUCCCAUGGACGUUCUGGGAUUUACUCAACAAUUUAUAUAAUGCCUUUUGCCAAAUCACUUGUGCAGAUUGGGGAUGCAGAGGAUGUCUCAGAGGAGACAAGUGCAAGAGUGGCAAGCAUGGUGUCGUUGAGGAUGAGAAGAAACCAGAUGACGUCUGUCAGUGUUCUUCCAUAGUAUCCUGCAGAGGCGUGGCACCGACGCUCUACCAGUAUGGAUUCAGCUUCGGCGAGGCGUCGACGUUGAACGGUAAGACGCCGAAAAAGUGUAAGGAUUUCUGCAGUCAGUUACAUAAGGUGUUACAUUCUGAUUAUUUUGAUAAGCUGUUCACAGAGUGUGACAAUUUCUUAUGCAUUAUCAGAUGGCCAUUUAUGUGUACUCUGUUAGCCCUCUGGUCGCUGUCGCUCCUGUACCUGCUGCACAUCGCCGUCGUCCGCCUCGACGUCCUGAGGAUUCGCUCCCACCUGCGAUCGCCCUCAAGCCACCGCAUCGCCGCACAGUCCCUCCUCGCCACCGCACGCGUCAGGGCACUCGCCAACGUAAAGUACUUCUCACCAUAA